AUGAUGGGGGUCAAGGUCAUCCUGGUGCUGUCCUUGGCACUUUCCGCGGCUGCACUGAGGGCUAUUCCGAACGCAUACUUUGUGGAACUUGAGCCAUCUAGUGAGCUGACACCCCGUGCCACAUCCCAUUCUUCUCUCUACUCUGAUCUUGAUGCGGCUGGUGUAAAGUAUACUGUGAGGACGGAGUACAAUAUUCCGGAUCUUUUCGUCGGAGCUGCAAUCGAUUUGGCGGAUGCGAGCCACUAUGCAGGAUUGAUAUCCGUUGGCAGCGUGAAGAGGGUAAAGCCCGUUCACCUCAUUCCUCGCCCGGAGCCUGUCAGUGUGAUGAUACCAGAUGCUCCGUCACCAGAAUUGAUUGCAAGAGAUGGAUUCGACGGUCGCUGGUAUCCACCAUACCUGCCGGAUACGGAAAGCACACAUGUAAUGACAGGGGUCAACAAGCUGCAUGCUGAGGGAUUGACGGGGAGGGGGAUCAAGAUUGGAAUCAUUGAUACUGGAACGGACUAUACGAACCCUUGGCUUGGUGGAUGUUUUGGGCCUGGUUGCAAGGUUGCUCUUGGGUGGGACCUCGUCGGCGAUGCAUACAAUGGCACGAAUACUCCUAUGCCGGAUCCGGACCCCCUCGAUCAGUGUGCAGGUCAUGGAUCUCAUGUAGCCGGCAUCAUUGGUGCUAACCCGGGAAACGUGUAUAACAUUUCCGGGGUCGCAUAUGACGCAACUCUGGCUUCAUAUCGUGUAUUUGGAUGUGCGGACGAUGCUGGAGAAGAUGUCAUUAUCCAUGCAAUGCUCAUGGCCUACGACGCACACUGCGAUGUUAUCAACCUCUCUCUCGGAGGUGUCCAAGGCUGGACCUCGUCUUAUGCUGGUGUGAUUGCAAGUAAACUAGCGGAUAAGGGCAUGGUCGUCGUCAUUUCUGCCGGUAAUGAUGGACAAUACGGUGCUUGGUAUGCCAGUGACCCAGCAGACGGACAAAGUGUCGUCGCUGCAGCUAGUGUUGACAACGUCGUCACACCCCUACAGAAUUUCACCCUGUCCGAUGGCUACGGUCCUGUGCCAUAUUAUCAAGCGGUGGCGUACGCCAUUGACGGGCCAAUGAAAUUCUACGUAACUUCAUUCAAUACCAGCAACACGACCGAUGCGUGCAAUCCUUUGCCGGAUGAUACGCCAGAUCUGUCUAACUAUGUGACGCUUGUCCGCCGUGGCACGUGCGCCUUCCUCACAAAGGCAGCGAAUGUGGAAGCUAAAGGGGCGAAAUACAUACUAGUCUACGAUAAUCUCGACGAGAGCAGCUUGAUAGGGAUCACAGGACAGAAUCAGACGAUAGCAAUGAUCUCACAAGCGGCCGGUGUCCACAUUGUCAAUACGAUUGCGAGUGGGGUCAAUCUGACAGCAACAUUCCCGCAGAAUACGCUGGCCAAUUUGCCAAAUCCUUCUACGGGCGGACUGAUAUCAACCUACAGCUCCAUUGGACCAACCUAUGACAUGUUCUUUAAGCCAGCCGUUGCUGCACCUGGAGGAAAUAUCUUUUCAACAUAUCCUGUGAACCUCGGCACCUUUGCAGUUCUAUCUGGAACCUCCAUGUCUUCACCUUUUGUCACGGGAAGUGUAGCCUUAUUGAUUCAAGCGAAGGGCCGAUCUCCCGCCACAGCUGCUCAUGCCCGAGAGUUAUUGGAGACCACCAGCAAACUUGUCCCUGCGAGCAACAAUAAUACAUCAGUUUUGCAGACAGCGGCCCAGCAGGGUGCUGGCUUGAUCAGCGCUUAUAACGCUGUUCACUAUACCACCCUGCUCACGCCUGGAGAGCUCCUUCUGAACGACACGGCCAAUUUCAAGGGCGAGCAGUCGAUCAAGGUCAGCAAUGCUGGUUUUGUGAAGCAAGUAUACUCAGUAAGCCAUGUUCCGGCUGCUACCGUGUUGACUUACAACAAUUCCCUCGCUAUUGAUAGUCCUCUGCCUUUUAGCCAAGCGGCCGCCAGUGUCCACAUUACACCAACCACAUUCACGUUGUUUCCAGGCGAGGCUCUGGACAUCUCUCUCAAGUUCACACCCCCUAAAUCGGAUGAUGAUACCUACCCUGUUUAUUCAGGUUUUAUCGUGGUCAAAAGUCACGUUGGGGAGGAGCUGCACAGCUCAUAUAUUGGCGUUGCUGGUUCUCUGUCGGCUGCUCACAUCAUCGAUAAUACUGACACUUAUUGGGGGCCGGGUUACACUUUUCCACUCUUAACUGAUGCUAACGAAAAUAACAUCAAUUACACGGACUUGAAGACCGAGUAUUUCACAAUGACACCGGACGACCAACCAACACUGAACUUCCGGUUCUUGUUCGGAACCGUCAUCGCUUAUGUUGACCUUGUUUCUGCCUCGUUGAAUUUGCAGAGGCGCGGGAAAUCUUCGUUCCGGGGCUUACCACUGUUGGGGAACAUCCUGGAAUUGGAUGACUACCCACGGAGCUCAUCUGCCACAGACGCGCCGGAUAACGGGUAUUAUCCCUUUCAAUGGAAUGGGACGUGCGCGAAUGGGAGCUAUGCCGCAAACGGCGAAUACAAGAUGCUAUUACGGGCUUUGAAGGUGACCGGCGAUCCCUCCAAUGAUGCCGACUGGGAGGCUUGGUUGUCGCCAAUAUUCGGUGUCAACAUCACCACCGGUAGUCUUUGA